AUGUUGGACAUCAGAGAUCCCGUGGUAUUGGAGAAGCGAGGGACCGAACUCGAUGGACGGGACAUGUACCGUAUGGGCAAGCCGCCUCAACUCAGGCGUACCUUCCGCUUCUCCUCCAUCUUCGGCUAUUCUGUUGUCCUUGGAGCGACAUGGGAAUUCUCACUGGUCAUCGUUGCCCUUUCACUUAUGAAUGGAGGAACUGCAGGUGGAAUUUGGAUUUUCCUCGCAGUAUGUGUGGGGAUGUUCUUCGUCGUGCUUUCUAUGGCUGAGAUGGCUUCUAUGGCACCAACUGCGGGAGGCCAGUAUCAUUGGGUCUCCGAAUUUGCGCCUCCCAAACAUCAGAAAUUUCUCAGCUAUCUUGUUGGGUGGUUUGCUGUAAUCGGUUGGCAAGCAGCUAUGGCCAGCAUCGCAUUUGCAUGUGCCCAACAAUUUGAAGGUCUCAUCGCCUUGAACUUACCGAAUUAUGUGAUCCAAGGAUGGCACGGAACACUUCUCAGCAUCGGCGUCGUGAUAUUUGCCAUCAUUUGGAAUACCAUUUUGGUCAGGAAACUUCCUUUGCUCGAAGGCGUCAUCGUGAUUCUUCACGUAUUCGGCUUCUUCGCAUUCAUCGUGGUCCUCUGGGUGAUGGCUCCGCGAUCAGAUCCGAAAGUUGUCUGGACCGACUUUCAAGAUAACGGCAACUGGGGCAAUAUCGGGCUCUCUUGCUUGGUUGGCAUGACGGGUCCUGUGAUCACACUGAUCGGAGCAGACUCGGCGUGCCACUUGUCAGAAGAGCUGAAAGAUGCAGCUUGGGUUCUUCCUAGAUCCAUGGUUGCCACAGCUCUUGUCAACUAUGUCAUGGCAUUCGUGAUGACUGUCACUGUUAUGUCUACGCUAGGAGACGUGGACAGUAUUCUCAGUACAACUACUGGCCAACCCUACAUUCAGGUGGUAUUGAAUGCGACCCAAUCUCGCGCUGGGACGUCAGUCAUGACUGCACUCGUUGCCGUACUGUUGCUCUUCGCAGCAGUGAAUCUAGUGACAACUUCAUCUCGUCAACUAUUCGCUUUUGCCCGUGACAAAGGGUUACCAUUCUCGAACACGCUUGGUUAUGUGCGCCCUGGCUGGGACAUUCCUCUCAAUGCUGUCCUCACCACGUUGGCCAUCACGACUGCAAUCAGUCUGAUCAUCAUUGGCUCAAGCAUUGCGUUUAAUGUUAUUGUAUCGAUUGGCCAAGUUGGCACUGUUGCAUCCUAUAUCGUCGCCAUUGCAUGUAUAGCAAGGAAACGAAUAGUCAAGGAACCUCUGCUUCCAUCAAGAUUCAAUCUCGGCAAAGCAGGGUUGGCUAUCAACCUCAUCGCCUUGGCUUUCCUGACGCUGGCUUUCGUUUUUCCUUUCUUCCCGGCACAAUCACAUCCGGAUGCUGCGGAGAUGAACUGGAAUAUUCUUGUUACGGGAUUCACGAUGGCAAUUUCCAUGGUAUACUAUGUUUUCAGAGCGCGAUUCACGUAUCGGGGACCAGUGGAAUAUGUCAAGCAACUUUGA